CUAAUCCACAAAUCCUGUUUAGGGACACUGAGACUCUAUGACACAGUUAGUUAAACUUAAUGCUCAUGGGUGUCACUGGUCCAGCUACAUAUUGAUAUUAUUUUAAUCAGCAUCUGAUGGUAAAUAAAAUAAAAGCCUUGCUGCCUUAAGUGGCCAGUUUCCAGGUCUUUCAAAAACUGCAAAAGGAUAUAAAGGAAAUGGAUGUUUCAUUGCAUUAACAAAAAGAUCUGCUGCCAUGACCACUUCCUCUAGCCUUCCCCCCAUCACUGUGCCCACACUCACUGCAAUACAACUCUCCACAGACAGUGAAGAGUCCAGCGAUGAUGACUUGAGUCCAGCUGAAUCAUAUCUGCUCAAUAUGAAUAACAGCAAUAACAAUGAAGACAUGAAAGAGAAGACGGAGAUGGAAGAAAAAGAGGAAAAGGAAAAAGAAGAGAGGGAAAAGGAGAAGGAGAAGGAAAGACAAAAGGAGAAGGAGAAGGAAAGACAAAAGGAAAAAGACAAAGAGAAGCCCAAAGAAAUAUUUAUCCUUAAUCCUGCUGGGAAUUUGUAUUACAACUGGCUGCUUGUAAUCACACUACCAGUCAUGUACAACUGGACCAUGAUCAUAGUCAGGGCUUCCUUUGAGGAGCUGCAGCGUGACUACAUCAUUUACUGGGUUAUUCUGGACUACACCUCAGAUCUAAUCUAUCUGGCUGAUAUGUUCCUCAGGACAAGAACAGGUUACCUUGAGCAAGGCCUUAUGGUUAAAGAUAAGAAGCUGCUGCGUGAUCGCUAUAUCACUAGCUUCCAGUUUCGUCUUGAUGUCAUCUCCAUGUUUCCCUUUGACUUCCUCUAUUUAUACCUCGGCAUUGACUACCCAGAGAUCCGCAUCAACAAGCUGCUGAGAAUCGGCCGAAUGCUGGAGUUUUUCACAAGGGCAGAGACAAAAACCAACUACCCCAACAUCUUCCGCAUCGGAAACUUGAUCAUCUACAUCCUCAUUAUCAUCCACUGGAAUGCUUGCUUCUACUUCUCUUUCUCAAAGUACAUUGGUUUUGGUGCUGACGACUGGGUCUACCCGGCUCUGGAUGAUCCUGAAAAUCCUGAAUUUGGGGAGUUUGGAAGGAAAUAUUCAUUCAGUCUCUACUGGUCAACACUGACUCUGACUACCAUUGGAGAAACUCCACCACCAGCCCUUGACUCGGAAUUUGUAUUCCAUGUGGUGGACUUUUUAGUAGGGGUCCUGGUCUUUGCCACCAUUGUGGGAAAUAUCGCCACCAUGAUCUCCAAUAUGAAUGAUGCCCAAGCUCAGUUUCAGUCUCGGAUUGACAACAUUAAGCACUACAUGCAGGCCCGAAAAGUCAGCAGUGAACUUGAGUUGCGUGUCAUCAAGUGGUUUGACUAUCUUUGGAAUAACGGUAAGGCACAGGAUGAAAGAGAGGUGCUAAGGUAUCUUCCAGACAAACUGAAGGCUGAGAUUGCCAUCCAAGUCCACAUGGAUACCCUCAAGAAAGUUCGUAUUUUUGCAGACUGUGAGGCAGGCCUGCUGAUCGAGCUGGUACUCAAGCUGCAGCCUCAGGUGUUCAGUCCCGGAGACUAUAUCUGCAAAAAGGGUGAUAUUGGACGUGAGAUGUACAUAAUCAAAGAAGGGACACUUGCAGUUGUUGCUGAUGAUGGUAUCAAACAGUUUUGUGUGUUGGGAAGUGGAAGUUACUUUGGUGAGAUCAGUAUUCUCAAUAUUAAAGGCAGCAAAGCAGGCAACCGGCGAACAGCCAACAUUCGCAGCAUUGGAUAUUCAGACCUCUUCUGCCUGUCAAAGGAUGACCUGAUGGAGUCACUGCUAGAGUAUCCCGAUGCCAAAGGCAUGCUAGAGGACAAAGGGCGAGAGAUUCUGAUGAAAGAUGGUCUGAUAGAUUUGGACCCAGCUAACAUCAUGCCUGAGGCCAAGGAGCUAGAAGAGAAGGUCAAUAAAUUGUACAGCACAAUGGAGCUGAUGCAAUUGAAACUGAAGAAGAUUCUCGGAAAAAACAAGAAUACUGAUAACGCUUUGAGGGAUCGCAUUGCAGAUAUAGAGCGCCUGACAGGAGAGGAAAUGGAAGAAGAGGAUGAGGAGGAAGUAUUGGAAGAGGGACCAGGGCGGGGGGAGAAAAAGGAAGAAGAGGGAAAAGGUGAGAAGAUAAAGGAAGAAAAACAAGAAGGUCAAGGAGAAAAAAAGGAAAAGGAAAAAGCUGAGGAAGCAAAAGAUGGAGAAGAAAAGGUUGAAGUGACAAAAGAAGAGAAGAAAAAAUAAACCCAUAAUUUCUGUAAAACACUAAGCACGUUUCUCAUUGUCAUAAAUAGCAUAUUUAUCACAAAGAAAUCUUUCUUACCGGACGCGCUACAUAAAUUAAUCACAGGUAACCUAAUUAAAAUUAAACUAAAAAUAAGAAGCUAUUAACUGGCUUAAAUACAGACUGGAACUUGUCUUUAUUCAUUAUAUAUUAUCACAUUGAGGACAGUAAUUCAAUGGACAAACAUUGCCAUGACAGUAUUGAUGUUCAAUGUAUUAAACAUGUUGGUAAAGUUGUCCUUUUAAGCCUUUUUUUCAUGACUAUUCUGCAUAGAGUCAUAUACUGGAAGGCAAUGCUAUUCCCAGCCUUGCAGUAUACACUAUUGUCCACAUGAGGAUAGUAAAUAGCUAGGAUUUAUAGGUCCUCAUGUUACACGGUGCCUCUAUGAGUGAAGCACAACAGGUUAUAUCAACCAAGAGAUAGAAAUAGGAUGUUAUUUUUUCUCAAGUGCCCCUGUGCAUUGCAAAAUAGUGGAAGUUCAAA